AUGAAAUUCUUACAAUUAAGUUCACUUUUCGUUUUUGUACUUGCUGCAUUCAAUUUUGUUUCCGCACAACAACUACCAGCAAAUACCUCUAUUACAUGUUCUACCGAAAUUGCUAAGCUUUCUACAAGUACUGAACUUAUUAGUUGUGCUUCGUUUGUCAAGUUAGCAGGAUUGCAAAAUAAAACUGCUGACCCAAAACAAACCUUGGAUACCUAUUGUUCCGCUCCUAAAUGCAGUGAUAACACAACUUCUGCCGAUGCUGCUGAACUUAAAUCUCAAUGUUCUAAUGAUCUUACGACCCCUGAAGUAUUUGCUAUAAAGGAAAGAAAAAGGAAAGAAAAUAGGGUUCAUUUAAAUAGGAUAUUCAAAAUACCAAAACUAAAUCCCAAUAUUUGA